UUAAAUAUUUUACUCCAUCCACCGGAUGAUGGGCCGGCCAAAGUCGAACCCGUCAUUGACGAGAAAGCCCGGCCCAAGCGGUACCAAUGAAAAACGCAGUGACGGAUUAAUCCUUGCAACAAAAACGGCUUUCCUCUCUCGGCCAAUCGCGAGCUGGAGUAGUGGGUGGAGCAACCAGCAGAGAGAUUGUAGAACAGACUGUGGCUGCGACGAAUUGACGGGGCGGAAUUGCAGAUCGGAGAGAGGGGAAGGAGAUCGAAAGAGAGGCGGCGAAAAUGGGCGGAGGAAUGGAGGCAAACAAGAACAAGUUCAUCGAAGACUGGGGCGCCGCCCGCGAGAACCUGGAGCACAACUUCCGAUGGACUCGCCGCAACUUUGCCCUCAUCGGCUUGUUCGGCAUCGCCCUCCCCAUCCUCGUUUACAAGGGCACCGUCAAGGAAUUCCAUAUGCAAGAUGAAGAUGCCGGCAGGCCAUACAGGAAGUUUCUUUGAGCUCAGCUGAAGAUUGUGAAACAAAAUAAUUGCAGAACGUAUGGAUUAUGGAUUUAGUUUCUUGUCUAUUUCCAUUCGACAGGCUUCUGACUCUUUCGCCUGCAAUGGUGACUCUGUAUGUUCUCUUCAUCUAUGUCUUGGGUUUCUACUAUGUUUUGCAAUCAUUGAACACUUUUUUCUUCACCAGUGAUAAUCUUGCAUUUUUGCUCAGAGUUGUGAUACCGUAUCUUACUGACUGGUUGUAUUGGUUCAAACAUUUACUGGUGACCAAGCUGGUAUGCUUUUAUCACGCCUUUUUUAGGGUCUUGUUUCACAGUUCUAUUAUUACCUUAAACCGUCGGUCUCACCGGUGAAAUCUUCAAUACGGUUUCACGAUCAUUUCUCCCCUUGGUUCUUUCCCGGCUUGAGGAACAAAUAAAUCAUGGAGGGUCCGGGUGGGUGCACCAUUUCAAGUAAGCUAACCCUAACGAUGAUAGGAAACAUGAGAUGAGUUACAAAUAUCCACACAGACAUGGAUAAGAAUGACAAUUGACUCUUGAAAGCAUUAAAAAAGAAGACAUGGAGCUUUGAAGCUCAGGUAAACAAAGAUGAGUUCGUCUUCUGAAGAUGAAUGAACUCUCUUCAUACAGCUUUGGUUUCAAACGAAUACUCGUGAUGAUGCCUGCUGCCUAGCUCCUAGAAGCAUUGUAAAUGUGAAACUCGGUACUUCAUCGGAACUGGUAAAUGGUCGACCACAAAGUAGUUGCAGCUGGCCACGGCCACUUGAACGCAAUAGAGCCAAGCUCGUCGCCAGUAUGGGUUUACCCACAGAACUGUCACUAUUCCAAGCAGCAUCACUGCGUAAGAUCCUGAAAAGCUGACAAAGAAAGCACUCAUGUCUAUGAAACCAUCACCGUCACUUUCCUCAUUGAUCCGAGGAGGGGCUUCGGGCAUUCCAUCAUUCUCUCUUGUGUCGGAGCAAUUUUUUGGCAGAGGCCAUCCGCACAGCAGAUCAUUGCCUUGGUAGCUACUCUCAUCAAAUGUCCCAAAUUGUGCUACAUUACCUAGUGUCUUGCCUGACAAGUUAUUGUGUGCCACACUGAAGUCUGCCAAGAAGUUCAGUUCGACAAGGUUGUUGGGGAUUGUUCCGUUGAGCUUGUUGUAUGAUAGAUCCAAGCUCUCAAUUUGCUUCAAGUUGGAGAAUGUCGACGGGAUGGAUCCAGAGAGAAAGUUAUGAGACAAAUUCAGUACCUUGAUGUUGGUAAAGUUGCCGAAUUCAGGUGGGAUUUCGCCUGUCAGACCUAUGCAGUCAAAAUCGCGUUUUAAAACUUAAAAACUUACGAUUUUACGUUUUUAGGUCACCAAAACGCUUUCGUUUCCAUAUAAAAACGUAAGUGUAUAAAAUCGGACUAAAUUGCGCUUUAAAGCUUAAAAGCUUACGCUUUUACGCUUCUAGUUCACCAAAAUGCUUUACGUUUUUGCGCUUUUAGUUCACUAAAUGGGUAUUCUUUUCAUGAAAUUAAUUAUAAAAAGUAUAUUUGAAAUUAAAUCACCAACAAUAUGAUGUAUUUGAGAUGAAAAGAUAUAUACCAAGUACUUGGAUGCAUUCUCAAUUUCAAUAGAGUAAUCUAAUUCACCAGCUAGGCUCUUCCCGAAUUCAUUAGCAUAGAGGAAAAAGUGGCUUAUUGUCAAAAUUUAUGUUUACGAACUUAUUAUUAAGAUGCUAUAAGUUGCUCUGCUUUAGGCAUGAAUUGCAUGCAUUUAUUAACUUAUCUAAAUUUUGUGCAUUCACAUUUUACAUAGUAUAUGUCCUACUUAAUAGAUUGUUAGUUAUUUU